AUGGGAGAGAACAAAAACAAUCAAAUGCCACUUCCUGUUCCGCUUCCCCGUGGGAAAGUGGCCUUUGAAUUUUCCCACGCGCAGAUAAUCAGGGCUCGGAAGGACUUUUCCGGUGGCUGCGAAAGAAUCAGCACAGCCGUCGCCCCGGUCAGCAUCUCUGAGGGGAGCGAGAGGAUGGCCCGCCUCCUGCCGGACCUCUGUAAAGAAACCCAGCUGACAGAGAGCGGCUUGUGGGGCAGCGACAAAGUCAGCUGCUUGAAGGUGAAGGAGGAGGUCCUGGAGGAAGAGCCAGCCAGCUCAGAGGCACAGCGACAGCACUUCCGGCAGUUCGGCUACCAGGAGAACGAAGGACCGAGGGAGGUGUGCAACCAGCUCUGGGAGCUGUGCAACCUGUGGCUUAAGCCUGAGAGGCACACCAAGGAGCAGAUCCUAGAGCUGGUGGUGCUGGAGCAGUUCCUGGCUGUCCUGCCACCGGAGGUGCAGAACUGGAUCAGGGACGUGGAGCCAGAGAACUGUUCCCAGGCGGUGGCCCUGGUGGAGGACUUCCUGCUGCGGCAGCAAGAGGACGAGAGGCAGGAAGAGCUGAUGUUGGGCCCAUUCAAAGAGGAGGCUGCUCAUUUCCCCACCGCUGAAGACGCUUCCUCAGACACCUGGCGGAGGGUCGUCUUAGGGGAGAUGAAGCAGGAGGAGGACGACAAUGACGACGACAGAGACGCAGCCUUGUUGGGUUCCGAGAGAGCGUGCAGGGAGGACAACACAGACCAUUCUGCUGAUCCGAGGCCUCACGAGAUGCUUUUGGGGAUUGCUGAGUGGAACAGUCCUGAUCUAGGGGAAGCCUCUGAGAGUCUGCCAGGAAGCCACCCAGAGAACAAGAGGGACAAACUGGUUUGCGGGCCGCAGGGCUAUCAGCCGGCCAAGGGAGGAGUGUCUCUCCAGCCGCGGAUCCAAGACGAGCGCCUGAAGAAGUGCCCAGAAUGUGGGAAGGGCUUUGUGUGGCGGUCAGAGCUGAUCGAGCACCAGCGCUCGCACACUGGGGAGAGGCCCUACUCCUGCUCCUACUGCGGCAAGAGCUUCAGCCGCAAGUCGUACAUCAUCAAGCACGAGAGGAUCCACACGGGAGAAAAGCCCUACAUCUGCUCGCACUGCGGCAAGGGCUUCAUCUCCAAGUCAGACCUGAUCAAGCACGAGAGGACCCACACGGGAGAGAAGCCCUACAUCUGCCCCGACUGUGGCAGGAGCUUCAGCAGGAAGCAGUUCCUCGUCACCCACCGGAGGACCCACACGGGGGAGAAGCCCUACAAGUGCUCCGAGUGCGGGAAGAGCUUCAGCCAAAGGACUUGCCUGGUCAUCCACGAGAGGGCCCACACCGGGGAGAAGCCCUUCAAGUGCCUGGUGUGCGGGAAGAGCUUUGGCCGCAGGGACAUCCUCAUGACCCACCAGAAACUGCACACCCGUGAGAAGGCCUUCCAGUGCACUGACUGGUUGUGAAGCGGUCCCUUUGCCCGGUUCUGCAUGCCCUUUGGAGUUCAUAACUGUAUAUAUUCUGGAAUUGGGUUUUGGUUUUUUUUUAAUGAAGGUUUUGCAUAGAAGAAGCCUUACGGAAGGCUGCUUAACAUGCUCCCCCCGCCCUUUUAAGUAUUUGAUGGCUUCUUUUGUACAUCGGGAAAAUGUAAUGUGUGAAUUAGGUAAACAAGUGUAUUAUACAGGUAAUCAGGAAUGUAAGGCUUACCAGAGAGACCUAAGAUUGGUUAUGGGUCUCGGUUAAAUGCACAUUCAGUGGUGACCCACUGGGUUUCCAUGAUGAGCUGGUUCAGAUGCCAAAUCUGUUGGACGUGUCCUAGAGGUUCCCAGACUUAUUUGGCCUGUCUCCCACUUAAAAAAAAAAAUACUCAGCAACCCCCUGGAAAUCUACCUUCUUUAAGUGAACAGACAGAAA